CUACCAUACGUAAGAAACCACACCGCUUGCUACCGAAAACCCAUCCGCCAGCUAGCCUCAUUAGCCACAAUUUCACAGUCCAUAUCAAACCAUCAUUCGCUGGAAGUCGGACUGCAUGACGAUAACAGGCCCUAUCAUCGAUAUCUUGGUAAGUGGAAUGCAGGAACCGGCCUGAUGACACUUGCCCAACUUUUCCAUGUUCCAAAGUGGUUUUUGGCCCGCCUGCGCUUGCUGCCGGCUGCGGGACGGUUCCUGCUCUGGCUUUUUUUGGUAUUGAUAUUCAUUCUCUCUCAAUCUUCAUCCACCAACAUCUCUUACGCUCACCGAAUACCUGUGCUGGACAAGUCAGGCUUUAAUUCAUAUCCUUUGCAUUCUCUUAUCCUGUCAUUGCGUUCUCCUUGUCUUCAUUCCCUAGAGCAUUUCUGUCGAUCCCCAUACGACUCCAAAGAGCCAGACUAUGCGAUAGCCAGCAUCCGAAACUCAUCAACAAAAUCCUUCCAGUCAUUCUCAAGCCUCCAAAAUGCCUCCGAGAACUCAUCAGAGUACUCGCCAGGUCUAUCUGCUGCCUCUGGACGACACUGGUGCCCCAGAUGUCCCCAAUCACUAUGUUUACCUACCCGCACCUACCGAACCUGCCUACCUUCUGAGGUUUGCCAUUGAAGGUACAAGCUCAAUAUGCCGUCAAGGCAGCCUCUGGGUCAACAUGCCUAAGCCUGGUGAACGCUUUGAUCGGAGUCAUUUCCAUGAGUACAAGCUACACCCCGAUUUCAAUCGGCAACUCGAGAUUGAUAUCCCCGUUACCUGCGCCGGAGCGUUCUCCUUCUAUACGACCUAUACUCCUCUGCCAGAGUUCUCCCUCGAAUCUUGCGAGCCCCCCAAACCUACCCGUACCGAAACCCACUAUAUCGACAUUGAGCCAAAGCUGACUCUGGGCGGCUCGAAGCUGCCACUGGAUGCUCUGGGCAUCUUCUCGGUGGUCUCCAAAUUCAUGGGGAAAUAUCCCCAGGAUUGGAACAGACACUUGAGAGGCAUCAGUGCAAGAGGUUACAAUAUGGUACAUUUUACACCCUUGCAAGAAAGAGGCGAAUCCAACUCUCCAUACAGUCUUUACGAUCAGCUGGCAUUUGACAAGGAGCUCUUCCCUGGUGGAGAAGAAGAUGUUGCACGCAUGAUCAAAGCCAUGGAAGAAGAAUAUGAGUUGCUGGGACUGACCGACGUCGUCUUCAACCAUACAGCCAACAACAGCAAAUGGUUGGAAGAACACCCAGAAGCAGGUUACAAUGUUGAGACUGCCCCUUGGCUGGAAUCCGCCUUGUGUCUGGACAGUGCUCUGCUCGAGUAUAGUGAUCAACUCGAGGCUAUGGGCAUGCCAACCGAGUUCAACAAUGUCGAGGACCUGGAUCGGGUCAUAGCAGGCAUCCAACCUCAUGUCAUCGACAAGAUCCGUCUCUGGGAAUACUUUGCGUGCGAUGUCAAAUCUGACACUCAUGCCAUCAUCCAGGCAUGGAAGGCCGGCAUCACCAAAGUCCCUCGAGGAGGAUUCGACAAUGUCAUCGGAGGUGGCCUUGAUACCCUCAAGUCAUGGUCUCUCUACCAGAAAGCAACUUUCCUGAAAAACCACGGCUUGUUGAACGGCCUGCUUAUUACUACCAGAUAUUCACGCAAAGUCGAUCCUGCUGUUGGCUCAGCCAUGCUGACGGCCUUGCAUGGGCGGUACGAGGAUGCAUCUGAUGUUCAGUCCGCCGAAGAAGAAAUGAAAGCUAUACUUAACGAGCUGAACCUUCCUUUCUACCGGGAAUACGAUGACGAUGUUGCUUCCAUCAAGUCGCAGACCCGAGGUCGACUACAGUACACCAGGCUCGACGCACAUGGUCCGAGAUUGGGUCCUGUCACCAAGGAUAAUCCUCUCAUCGAGACAUACUUUGCUCGCUUGCCAUUGAACGAGACAACCAAGAAGCACAACCCGGAAAUUCUGUCUCUGGCUGUCAAUGGAUGGAUCUGGGCAGCAGAUGCCAUGAAGGAUAACGCAGGUCCCGAUUGGAGGCCUUACCUUCGCAGAGAACUCAUCCCCUGGAGUGACUGUGUCAAGUUAAGGUACGGAAAAGGCCCAGAAGACAACCCAUUCCUGUGGGAGCACAUGACAAAGUACGUGCAAUUGAUGGCAAAGUACUUUACUGCCUUCAGAAUCGACAAUUGCCACUCGACGCCAAUUCAUGUUGCCGAGUAUCUGCUCGACAGGGCCAGAGAAGUUCAGCCCAAUCUGGCGGUCUUUGCAGAACUCUUCACGGGUGAUGAAAAGAUGGACUACCUCUUCGUCAAGCGUCUGGGACUGAGUGCACUGAUUCGAGAAGCUAUGCAAGCGUGGAGCACACAGGAAUUGAGCAGGAUUGUCCACCGGCAUUGUGGUCGACCCAUUGGCAGUUUUGAGCUGAACGUCCCUCAGCGCUCGAAGAAGCCAGUUAGCAACUUGGCCAAUGGAGUCAAUGGCACUGGGCCCAGAACCAAAGAGGUGGUCAAGCACAUCCGAGAAAGUCCUGUGCACGCUCUGUUCAUGGACUGCACCCACGACAACGAGAUGCCCGCUCAGAAGAGGGAUGCCAGAGAUACCCUGCCCACAGCUGCUUUGGUCAACAUGUGUGCUUGUGCCACUGGAAGUGUCAUGGGUUUCGAUGAAAUUUAUCCAAAGCUUGUCGAGAUUGUCCAUGAGCAUCGGACAUACACAUCGAUCAGCUCAGACGGUGAAGUUCAGGUUGGCCCUGGGGAAGGUGGCAUUGCUGGCAUCAAAAAGCUUUUGAACCAGAUCCACACCAUGAUGGGCAAAGAUGGCUAUGACGAGACAUUCCUGCACCACGAAGGUGAACUGAUCACUCUUCACCGAGUCCAUCCAGACUCGCGUAAAGGCUACUUCCUCAUCGCCCACACAGCCUUUCCCGGCUCUGGCAAUGGGAAUGGUGGCUUGAGCCCUGUUCACCUCGCCGGCACAAAAGCACGUCCACUCGGUUCUUGGGUUCUGGAAGUCGACCAGAGUGAUGCUGCAAAGAAAACUGCAUUGGAAGACAAGAACGAGCUUGUUGGAUUGCCUUCCCGAGUUAAAAAAAUCAAAGGCGCCACGGUGGAAUACGAAAAUGGAGACACCAUCAUUCGAUUAGCUGACUACUUCCCUCCUGGAUCCAUCUGCCUUUUUGAAACAUGGGUGCCAUCUGCCGAGCAUACAUUUGGUCUGAACGCAUUCCUCGCCGGUGGUACUGACGAGGCCUUCGGUGAACUCGACCUCACCGACCUCAACUUUGUCCUAUAUCGAUGCGAAGCAGAAGAACGGGACUCGAGUGAUGGUGCAGAUGGGGUCUACAACAUUCCCGGCUAUGGGCCGCUCGUGUAUGCUGGACUUCAGGGCUGGUGGAGUGUUGUAGAGCCGAUAGUGAGGAAGAACGAUCUUGGUCACCCGCUCUGCAAUCACCUUCGUCAGGGCCAAUGGGCGUUGGAUUUCAUUGUCGGACGAAUGGAAAGAAUCUCCAGACAAGAAGGAUAUUCCAAGCUGCACAAGCCUGCAAGAUGGUUGAAAGAACGAUUUGACGCCGUUCGGGAGAUUCCAAGUUUCCUGCUGCCGCGCUAUUUCGCGAUGAUCAUUCAGAUUGCGUACGAUGCGGCAUUCAAACAAGGAAUUGAGCUGAUGAGUCCAAACAUCCGACAGGGCCAGGACUUCCUUCAGAGUCUGGCCAUGGUCAGUGUUCAGCAGACAGGGUACGUUAAGUCUGCAUCGUUGUGGCCGGAUAGAAGUGUACCUUCCCUUGCCGCUGGUUUGCCCCAUUUCUCGGUCUCAUGGGCAAGAUGUUGGGGCCGGGAUGUUUUCAUUUCCCUGCGAGGUCUCUAUCUGUGUACGGGUCGUUUCGAAGAAGCCAAGGAGCACAUCAAAGCUUUUGGCAGCGUCCUGAAGCAUGGUCUGAUUCCCAAUCUGCUGAGCAGUGGUGCUGCGCCGAGAUACAACUCUCGAGAUUCACCGUGGUUCUUCUUACAAAACAUUCAAGAUUAUACCAAGAUUGUGCCAGACGGAUUGUCAAUUCUCAAGGAGAAGGUCCCUCGGCGAUUCCUGCCAUAUGACGAUACCUGGUUCCCGCAUGACGAUCCUCGAGCGUAUUCCAAGGAAUCCACAGUGGAAGACAUCAUCCAAGAGAUCUUCCAACGACAUGCAUUUGGCUUAUCCUUCCGGGAGUACAAUGCUGGACCUAACUUGGACAUGCAAAUGAAGCCCGAAGGAUUCCAGAUCGAUGUCCACGUCGAUUGGAAGACCGGUAUCAUCUUUGGGGGUAACCAAUUCAAUUGCGGUACUUGGAUGGACAAGAUGGGUGAAAGUGAACGCGCUGGCAGCAAAGGGGUUCCUGGAACACCCCGUGAUGGUGCUGCCGUCGAGAUCACGGGCCUCUCAUAUAGCGCCUUGAGAUGGGUGGCUGAACUUCACAAGGCUGGCAACUAUCAAUAUUCUGGUGUCGAAACCGACGCGGGUGAGAGAAUCUCCUUUGAAGAGUGGGCGGGCCGCAUCAAAGCAAAUUUCGAAAAGUGCUACUGGGUUCCCGUCGAUCCCAAAGACGACGUCGAAGAGGACAUCGACCCCAAGAUUAUCAAUCGUCGGGGCAUUUACAAGGACUUGUACAGAUCUGGCAAGGAGUAUGAAGACUACCAACUUCGACCCAACUUCCCGAUUGCAAUGGUUGUGGCACCAGAUUUGUUCACCGAAGAGAGGGCGUUGCGGGCCUUGAAGAUGUGCGAUGAUGUUCUGCGAGGGCCAACAGGUAUGAGGACACUUGAUCCUUCGGACCUCAACUAUCGUCCUUACUACGUCAACUCGGAGGAUUCCACGGAUUUUGCGACCUCAAAAGGGAGAAAUUAUCACCAAGGACCGGAGUGGUUGUGGCCGACAGGCUUCUUCUUGCGAGCAUUGUUGAUGUUCGACCUGGAACGAAGGCACACCUCAGAGCAGAGAGUGGAAUCAUUCCAACAGGUGACGCAACGAUUGGCUGGAUGCAAACAAGCCAUCAAGGACAGUCCGUGGAAAGGACUGACCGAGUUGACCAACAAGGACGGAUCAUUCUGUGGAGACUCGUCACCUACACAAGCAUGGUCCGCUGGAUGUUUGUGUGACUUGUUCCACGACGCAUCUAUUUUGGCACCCGAGGUCAAUGGCUCAUGAUGACACAACACCCGAAGGAGGAUUAGACUGGGACGAGACUAGGGUUGGCUGGAUGCCUAUGACAUGACACGAAGCGACAGGACCGAUGAAUGAGGAAGAAUGGAAGACAGGGUUAGAGAAGGGUAUUCUCAGAGGACAGAAAAUAAAUAUUCUUAAUACAUUUGCAUACUCUUCGUCGGCCUCCAAAGUCAUACGGAG